CGUCGACGAAUAUCGGGCAGAAAUCGACCGACAUAGGCAAUUCCUUGAAGACUUGCAGCUUGCCAAAAGCAUCGCUCAAGCCGUUUACACCGAUGCUACACUAUUGAACGAGCUCGCCGCACAAGACAUCCAAGCAUAUGAAGAUCGCAAUUAUGCGUUACAAAUCAGUAGUGAAGAUGCUGAAUUUCAGGAUCCUCCGGGCCAGGACCGCUACGAAACAGAAUCAAUCAAGGACUGGGUGUCAAUCGUCACCGAUUCGUUUCAGGCCUGCUCCUUGGCGGACAUUGAGUCCACCGAUAACGAGAAUGACAAAGCUGGUCCAUCCACGACAUACGCCGAACGGCAAGCAAAGAUCUUGGACAAGUUGUCAGAGCAGUUCAUGUGCAACACGUGCCUAGAGCGUCACCAUGCCACCGUCAUGAUCAAACUUCCCUGCGAGCAUCGCUUCUGCGCCGAAUGCCUGAAGGGAUUGUUUCUCAGAUCGAUCAAAGACGAGACGCUUUUCCCCCCACGUUGCUGUCAGCAGGGAAUCCCGUUGAGCCUGGUCAAGAAGCACAUGUCGUCUCAUGAAAUUGAAGCUUUCGAGGAUGCAAGUAUAGAGUUCACGACCAUCGACAAGACAUACUGCAGUAAUGGCGCAUGCAACAAAUUCAUUCCUCCAACAACAGGCACGAUCUUCCCUAACACGGCAAGAUGCAAGAGUUGCGCAGCGCUCACCUGUACCAUGUGCAAGGGGGGAUACCAUCAUGACAGCGAGUGUCCGAAGGACGAGUCCGUUGAACAGACGAAGGUGCUCGCACGCGAGUUGGGCUGGCAAGAGUGUCCUCGAUGUCGCUCCUUCGUGGAGCUUCGAAGCGGCUGCUAUCAUAUGACCUGCCGUUGCAAGGCUGAAUUCUGCUACCUCUGCGGUGUCACCUGGCCGGGCUGCAACUGUGUCCGCGCCGACGAAGGUCGCAUCGAAGAGCGAGCGGCGGAGAUCGUCGACCGGGACGCCGAGCAUGUCAUCGCCCCUGCUCGACGAGCGCGGAUGAUCAAUCAAGUCCGAGACCACUUGCUGGAGCAUCAUGAAUGCACGCAUUCACGCCAUUUCGAACGCAUCACAACAUUCAGGCGCCGCGGCUAUCAGUGCGAGAUCUGCGACGCGCGCCACUGGAACUACAUCCUACAGUGCCGCCGCUGUUACAUGAAUGUUUGCGAGGACUGUAGACGCCACCGAGUCUGAAUGCUGGCCGCCACGUACUGCGAUGUGAAGGUUGACGUCGCGGGCACACCGGUCGCUCGCUGGGUCAGAAGGCUGUCGAGGAUAUGCAUUUUCGUUUCUUUCAUCCCCAGGAUAUGCAAUUCGUUUCUUUCAUCGCCCGCACGUUCGUCCGGAGAAGCCCAUUGUAGGGAAUCCGCAU